ACCGGGGGCCUCGCCGCCGCGCGUGGGUGAACCGGGCCCGAGCCCUCGAUUGCGCCGCCGUCGCCGCCGUCUACACUCCGGGUUCAGAGCGCACGAAGCUCGAGCGCCGGGCUGCCUGUGUACUCCGGUGGGUGGGCGGCGCUGGUGGCGCGGGGACACCGAGGGGGGCGGGACCCCAGCCCCAUCACAGCCCCGGGCCCCUUGCCCACAAUUUCCCAGCGGCCCGGGCACGGAGGCCGGACGCUUUGCGGGUUGCUAUCGCUUCCUGAGUUCCGCGGGCUGCGUCCGGCGACUCCCUGCCCCUUCGCGGCCCCCUUGUCAGCCCGGCCACCCCGUCACGGCCAUUUCCGCCAUCGCGGCCCCCCAUCCCCCGGCUUUCCCUUUCUGGCCACUUCCUGACCCUCCCCUCCCGCGAGUCGUCCGCUCGCCUUCUCCCACCCAAGGCCCGGCCGUGAGUCUCGUCUCCUGGGCCUUCCCGAGAGCGCAGAGUGGACCUUCGCAGGCAGCCGCUUGAUCUGUCUGGCUGUGCGGUACACCCAGCGCCUUCUGCACUCCUGCUGUUUCAUUUUAUGUCUGUGAGAGCCGAGGCACUGAUGUUUGGACUGGAAGCUUCCGGACUUUGGAAGCUCCGAGUGCCUUCAGAAUCCAGGCCCAGCAUGCAUCUGCCCCGUUGGGCUUUUCCUGGGGAGCGCCUAGGAGAGGCCACCGCGUAGACAGCCACGCCAAGGCUCCCGGGACCACACUGCGCAGUGACUUCUCCGGUAGAGUCCUGUGUCGUGUGCUCACCCAGUUCUAAGGGACGGAGAGGUAUUUGGAACUGAGGAUUUUGCGAGGCAGAGAAGAGACGCGUUCAUGCUGAACACAAACUACGUGGCAGUGUGACAGAAGACACAGAAAGCUGCCACAUCGGAUUCACUGGACUUGGGGGACCGCGGGGCGACGGAAGUGACCCUGGAGAACGGGGAUGAGGGCCCCUGGGGAAUAGAUGGCCGCCGCCCCGGCCGCGGAGACAAAGGCGAACUCCUGGUGGAAUUACUUUUUUCUUUACGAUGGUUCCAAGGUGAAGGAAGAAGGCGAUCCGACGAGAGCGGGCAUCUGUUACUUCUAUCCCUCGCAGACCCUGCUCGACCAGCAGGAGUUGCUCUGCGGGCAGAUUGCCGGCGUCGUCCGCUGCGUCUCCGACAUUUCUGGCUCUCCUCCGGCCCUCGUUCGUCUGCGGAAGCUGAAGUUUGCCGUGAAGGUUGACGGGGAUCACCUCUGGGUGCUGGGCUGUGCCGUGGAGCUCCCGGAUGUCAGCUGCCAGCGGUUUCUGGAUCAGCUCAUUGGAUUCUUUCACUUUUCCAAUGGCCCCGUUGCCCUGGCUUACCAGAACUGCUCUCGGGACGAGCUGAGCGUGGCCUGGGAUUCCUUCAUCGAGCAGAUCCUGCACAACACCGGUGACCUGCACAAGAUCUUCAAUUCCCUCUGGAACUUGGACCGAACCAAAGUGGAGCCCCUGCUGUUGCUGAAGGCAGCGCUCAUCCUGCAGACCUGCCAGCGCGCACCUCACAUCCUGGCUGGCUGCAUCCUCCAUAAAGGACUGGUCGUCAGCACCCAGCUGCCGCCCUCCAUCACUGCCAAGGUCCUGCUGCAGAGCGCCGCACCCCAGGAACAGAGACUUCCUGCAGCGAGGGACGCCCCGCCGGCAUCAGGAGCAGCGCUGCCCGCCAACGUCCGCAUCAUCCCUGUGUUCCUGACCGGAGAGGAAGCCGCGAGUCUCCGUGAGUUCCCAGUAGAGCGGAGCACUGGCCCUCCUGCACCUCCAGCCAGGCUCCGGGACGGCUCAGCCCAGCGCCCUCCCCAGCCCGACAGCACAUCUCCUGGGUGCGUGGAAUCCGUGGCCUGGCCACUGGCCACCACGCUGCGGCCCCCGUCCGCUGAUGAAGCUCGGCCAGACGUCCAGGGGGAGAACGGGCACCCAUGGAACCUGGGGCCUGCGGGACUGCACGGCACUGCCCGGGGCCGGGGGCCCGGCCUCAGCUGCUCCCCGGAGAAGGAACUGGACUUGUCUGAAAUCCACAUUCCAGGGGCUCAGGAAACAGGGACUGCCGCGGGUCACUUUGCCAUCGCCCCUGUGUGUGCCCCAGACAGCGGAGUGCCUCGUCCCCAGGAAUCCGUCAGCAAGCCCGGUGACCUGGCGCCCACGCCGCCCGAGGACGCAGCUGCCGGCCGCUUUUCCCCCCCCUCCCCUCCUGAGGCGCUCACCCUGAACGGAGCCUUGGAGCAGCGUGAGGACCGCCCAGGCGACAGUGGCCCUCUCCCCAGGAGGAGCAGCUGGCCCUCAUCUCUGCCCUGCCCAGAAAGCAGGCGGAGAGGAAGUGCGCCUCCUGGGAGGGAACGAGGCUGGGAUGGGGCCCUGGACGGCACCCACGAGCGCCCCCCCACGCCUGGUCUGCAGUGCGAGUCAGGCCCAGGCCCCGCCGCCGAUAUCGACUCCGGCCUGCCCCCAGCAGGGCCCUGCGUGGGACUCGUGCGGAUGAACCUGUACACGCACAGCGUGAAAGGACUGGUGCUGUCCCUGCUGGCCGAGGAGCCGCUGCUGGCCGACGGUGCGGCCAUCGAGGAGGUGUACCACAGCAGCCUGGCGUCGCUGAACGGGCUGGAGGUGCACCUGCAGGAGACGCUGCCCGCGGACAAAGCUGGCCCCGCCAGCAGCACCUACAACUUCACGCACUACGACCGCAUCCAGAACAUGCUGACAGCGAACCUGCCGCAGGUGGCCACCGCCCAGGACCGCCGCUUCCUCCAGGCCGUCAGCCUGAUGCACUCCGACUUCGCCCAGCUGCCUGCGCUGUACGAGAUGACUGUCAGGAACGCCUCCACAGCGGUGUACGCCUGCUGCAACCCCGCCCAGGAGACCUACUUCCAGCAACUGGCGUCCGCCGCGCCCAGCUCGGGCUUCCCCAACCCCCAGGACGGCGCCUUCAGCCUCUCCGGCAAAGCCAAGCAGAAGCUGCUGCGGCACGGGGUGAACCUGCUCUGAGCGGCGCUCCGGGCGGUGGCUGUGCUGGCAGAGUCCCUCUUAGGGACGCGGUGACUGCAGGCUUUAACUUGCUCCGCAGAUGGGGCUGUGGGGUGGGCCGUGUAUCCCGCACCAGAUAGAGAACUUGGUCAGAUUGGCGGGGCUGGGGCUGAGGUGGGUGCUGGGCUGCAGGUCCCCAAGAGACCCAGGGUCCGGUAGUGUCCCCGCUCUGCAGACCUGAGAGAUUGCUGUUCUCCCUCACCGUUCCCCCCCAGCCUGCACAGGUGCCGCACAAUUUCUGGCUGCCAUCUUUUCUAGAAACUGGUGCCACAGGAGGGCCGAGGGCUGUGAUGGCCAGGCCCCCGUCUGGGACGUGGGCUGCGCGGCUUGUCCCCGCUAAGCCGUGCCCCCAGGCGGGAGUCUGCAGGAGCCUGCCCUUCCUCGGUGGCCGGCCAUGUGGACUGCGGGCUUUGCCCUUGGGCAUCACGCGGAGAUGACGCCACCACUGGACGAAAACCUUUAACAGAACAUUCCAGAAUGCUGGAGGGUAGUGGGCGGGUGGCCGCUGCGGGGUCACCAGCUUCAUCUCCGGGAACAGGCAUCUCAUGUUGUUGGCGUGCUGUCUUGUCUACAAGCAGUCGCCAAGGGCUACAACCGAAACCAGUAAAAAUGCCUUUGCUGCUUGUGACAAGGUCA